UAAACCAUUACGCAAACGACUGUAAGUGCCACAGUAAUACUGGCGCGUGCACCGUGACGGCAUCCGUUAGGGCACUCAACGAAAAGAACCGAUAUACGAACUACCUCCCUAUCGCACAUCGUCUCCUCUUUGCAUUCUCUUGAUAACUGGGGCAAUAGUUCAGUCUUCGUCAGAACAUCCGGCUGGGGUGAUGGGUGCACAUAGUUGUGACUUUCGUUGCUAUACAAACCUUGUGGCUGUCGAAUGAUCGUACCCAACUUGAAGUUGGGUCAUAUAUAUAUAUUAACUCAGUAUCAGACCACUUUUUGACCAUUCUUUUCAUUUCAGGUAGGACUCUAUUAUAAGGGCUUCAAGUCCUGGACUCCAGUAUCAACCUUUCUUCUGUUCCACUCGUCAUCGAAAGUGUCUCUAGGCUCUAGGGUACUACAAUGGAUACUCGUCCAAGGGUAUUUUACCUUCCAGACACCAUGACCAACUGGCCCUGGCCUCGUGCGAUGAAUCCUCAUUUCGAAGUUGUGAAAGCUGAAGUCGAUGCUUUGUUCCGUGAAUCUAAGGCUCUGAGUGCCGAAUCACAGGAAGCACUCGACAAAUGUGAUUCUGCCCGUUUUGCGGGACUAAGUUAUCCCAAUGCACCAAGAGAACACUUUCGAAUCGCCUGCGAGUUUAUCAUUGUCCUCAUCAUUGUGGACGAGUACACCGACGUUGCAAAUGGAGCAGUUGCCGACGCAAUGAUGGACAUCGUCAUUGAUGCCCUACACAAUCCUCAUAAGACACGACCAGAAGGCGAAUGCAUUCUCGGUGAAAUCGUACGACAAUUUUGGGCUCGUACGAUUCAGACCACAAGCCUGCCUUUUCAACGUCACUUCAUUUAUAGCUAUACCGCAUACCUUCGUGCGGUAGCUGUUGAGGCUCUCGACCGCGACGAGGCUCGUUGCCGUAGUAUCGGUGAUUAUAUCAAGCUUCGGCGGGAUACAUGUGCUGCAAAACCUGCCAUCGCACUAUAUGAAAUGGGAAUGGAUCUUCCCGAUGACGUGUUUUAUCAUCCCAUCAUUGUCGAACUGGUUGAAUGCAUUGCAGAGUUGACAUUUAUCGACAACGACAUGAUCUCAUACAAUAAAGAGCAAGCGACGGGGGACGCAAACCAUAACUUGAUCACUACUGUCAUGGUGGAAAUUGGCCUCGACAGAAGCGGUGCGAUGGCUUGGGCAGCACGCUAUCACGCUGAAGUCGAGAAAAGGUUCACCGACGGUCUUGCGAAGGUGCCUUCAUGGGGACCUUCCACCGACGUUCUAGUCAAGGAGUAUCUUGAUGGGAUGGCAACGUGGGCUCGAGCAAACCAUUGUUGGUGCUACGAAACUCAAAGAUACCUGGGUACAAAGGGCCCAGAGAUACGACGAACUGGUCUUGUCCCAUUAUUGCCCGAAGUCAACCGCAAAGCCGCAUCCGCGGCAGCAAAGGUCAAUGUUACUGAUUUAUCCAUGAUGGAUGUCACAGCAGACCAUAAGCCACCAUCUAGAAGCUCCAUACCAACCUAACGUGCUCCACAAGCGUUGGACCCAUCUUCGCCCCAGGUGACAAAUGUGAUGCAAUCCACGUUUGUUCAGAAGAAUGGGCAUAGACGGUAGAUAGUAUUGCAGCGAAUAUGAAAUUCAUCUUGAGGUGUGGGGCCCAUUUCGGAGUUACCACGCAUGUACCUCACGUUUCGUCCACUGAUUGUUCAUCGGAUAUGCAGUAGUUUAUAGCGGUGAUGAAUGUAGCUGCUGG